AUGCCCCGCGGAUCGCGAUCUCGAAGUGGUUGUGCACGAUGCAAGGGCCAGCACAUGAAAUGCGAUGAGCAACGGCCCUCUUGUGGACGCUGCCUCAGAGCCAAAAAGCCAUGUCCAGGAUAUCAAAAAGUCAUCAAAUGGUCCCGAAAACACGAGUUUCACUCCGAAGAUGAAACCACUCAACAAGAAACCCAACUUCUAAGUCCAUCGAGGUCGUCAAUACUUCCCACAGACCCCGGCACUCUACUAUCCAUCGCCGAGGAUAGCCUCGAAGAUGCGACCAACGACUUGAUGUCGCAUAACAGUCGAAUCGGCGGCCCAAAUUUCGAUGUCUCGGACUGGCUUGGGGACUUGGCGACCUUUGCUUUCCCAAGUGCUGGGCCUCAACAAAUACUGACCGUCGGAGGACAAAGUCAUUCCCCGUCCAUGCCGUGGCUCCCCCCAGAAACGAGCAAUGAAUUUGAAGAAGGCAUUCAGCCAGAACCAUCCGAUGGAGAAAUCAACCUCCUUCCUCUCGAAGAGAGUCCCAAAUCAUCGCAGGUUAUGGAGCUCUCCCAAGAUGACGAAGAAACCCUCGUGUCCCCUCUCGCCUCUUCAAUAAUGGCCAGCCUCACCGACUCCACGACUCUAUUAUCCGACUUUUACUUCCAAGAGACUGCCAGGAGUUUCUCAGUCUACGACGGAGGAAUGAACCCCUUCCGAUCAUUAGUUGGUCGCCUCUGGAGCCAGUCUCGCGUCAUCUACUGCGCAAUGCAAAGCAUGGCCGCAACAGGCCUGGAGAAUCUUUAUCCUUCUCUAGGGCCUAUAGGAAAGGAAUAUCGGCGUGAAACUGUUGCCCUUCUGAUGGGAAACGACGACUGCGAUGAGACGUCGUUGUUGGCGCUCCUGAUGAUUGGAGCAUCUUCCAGCUGGCACGAUCCAACGGCCAGCGGCGUUUCCUUGUUCAACUCUUUCCAGAAUCGCAUGCAACGCGCAACGGCGAGGGCGUACUUUUUGGAGAAUAGCAACAAUUACCGGUUCUUCCACGAGUCCUUGAUAUACUGGCAGAUGCUACUCUCAUACGUCGUCGACGAUUUUCGGAUGGGAUCCUAUCAAAUAUUGGGACCGGUGCAACUUCCUUCUGGAACUAUGCAGGCGCCCCAUCCUUGGACUGGCGUGGGGCAUGAAGUGCAAAAAGUCCUCUGCGACAUUGGUCACCUCGUACGAUCACAACGGCAACACGCUCGAUUGCCAGUUACGAUAACCCAGGGCCACAUAGACCGACUACAAAACAGCAUCAUAAAGGCUUUUGAGCUCGAGGGCCGUCUCUUACAGCUAACGCUGCCCUCCGAAGAUCAGAUCAUCAACCCGGCGGACGUCAACACCCCUGUCCAACAUCUGGUCAACUUGGCCCAGAUAUACAGACUGGUCGGCCUUUUGCAGCUCUACCGCAUAUUUCCCGACAUUCUUUGGCAACGACUGCAAUCGCCAACUAGCGAGUUGAGCGCUGACAUCCGGCCAUUCUUCGAAAAGUUAGGUCAUCACACGACCCCUUGGGACAACGAGCGAGGAUACCUGCCACACAACCCGGCACGGCAGGAUCUGGGCAGUUGGCUUACCAUAUUUGCCCUGAAUAUCUUGGAGAUAUUCCGUCACAUCCCCGUUGAGUCUGGAACGCGCGCGUUCCAACCAUUCUUGCUCGUCGCUUGCGGGAGUGAACUACGCGUGCCGCAAUCCAAAACCCCCGAGGGCAGCAUAGCUGCAGGGCUCAAGCCACAAUGCGGUGAAAAUCUCGACUUUGUGCCCGCGGUAUCUCUAAAGGCCGUCGAGGUCUUGCGCGCCCGCGGUAUGGUUUUAGGACGCCUGGAGCAGUUGGCUCAUCUUCUCGCGCCAAAGCCGCAUAGGCAGUGCAUAUCCGUCGUCAAGGAAAUCUGGAAGAAGAUGGAUGCCCUGUCUGCUGUCAUUCCUGGUGCAGAAUGUUCAGAAGAUGCUCAAGAUUCGGUCUUUUGGAUUGACAUUAUGAUCGAGAACGGCUGGGAAACGAUCAUGGGAUAAGAUGUAACUAGGUUCGCGGGUGCACUGGUGUUUGGAGUUAAAUCAUUUGCCG